CGCGGGGCGCAGCCAUGAGCGAGUCCAGUGCCAGUGCGCACCCGCCGGGCAGGCCGGGCAGGCAGCCCUUCACCCACCCAGAGAACCUCUCCUUGGACUCCAGUUGCUUUUCCUCUCCACCUGUGAAUGUCCUUCAAGAAUUGCCAAGCUAUCGGUCCAUUGCACGCAAGAGGACGACCAUUCCUACCCGAGAAAAGCAAAGUGGCACUUUGCUGAAGCCGACAGACUCUUACAGCUCCCAGCUGGAGGGAGGAAUCGCUGAAAACCUCAAUAGUCAAUCGAUUCGGAAGUACGCACUGAACAUCUCUGAGAAGCGGAGGCUAAGGAACAUUCAGCAGACCCAGAUGAAGUAUUUAUCCGAGUGGGACCAGUGGAAACGGUACAGCAGCAAGUCUUGGCAGAGGUUCAUAGGGAAGGCUCGCGAGAUGACAACCCACCUGGAGCUGUGGCGGAAGGACAUUCGCGGCAUAGAAGGGAAGUUUGGCACUGGGAUUCAGUCCUAUUUCUCCUUCUUGCGGUUUCUGGUGUUGCUGAACUUGGUGAUCUUUCUGAUCAUCUUUAUGCUGGUUUUGCUCCCAGUCCUGCUCACCAAGUACAACAUCACCAACAGCACCUUUGUGCUUAUUCCGUCCAAAGACACAGAUGUUCAAUGCACAGUGUAUCCAUUAAGUAGUUCUGGACUCAUUUACUUUUAUAGUUAUAUCAUAGACUUGCUCUCUGGCACUGGUUUCUUGGAGGAGACCUGCCUCUUUUAUGGACAUUACACCAUUGAUGGGGUGAAAUUUCAGAACUUCACCUAUGAUCUGCCCUUGGCCUAUUUGUUAAGCACAAUUGCCUACCUGGCCCUGAGCCUUCUUUGGAUAGUGAAAAGGUCAGUGGAAGGGUUCAAAAUCAACCUGAUCCGGAGCGAGGAACACUUUCAGAGUUACUGCAACAAGAUCUUUGCCGGCUGGGACUUCUGCAUCACCAGCCGCAGCAUGGCCGACCUGAAGCACGGCAGCCUGCGCUAUGAGCUCCGGGCAGAUCUGGAGGAAGAAAGAAUACGGCAGAAAAUAGCAGAAAGGACCUCAGAAGAAACGAUACGGAUUUACUCUCUGAGACUGUUCUUGAACUGCAUUGUUCUGGCCGUUUUAGCCGCGUGCUUUUAUGCCAUUUACAGAGCAACGAUAUUCUCACAAGAGCACAUGAAAAAGGAAAUUGACAAGAUGGUGUUUGGAGAAAACCUUCUGAUACUGUACCUGCCUUCUAUUGUGAUCACGCUGGCCAAUUUUAUCACCCCGAUGAUCUUCGCCAAGAUCAUCCACUAUGAGGAUUACUCCCCAGGCUUUGAGGUCCGGCUGACAAUUCUUAGGUGUGUGUUCAUGCGGCUGGCCACCAUCUGUGUGCUGGUGUUCACCCUGGGCUCCAAGAUUACUUCCUGUGGGGACUACUCCUGUGAGCUCUGUGGCUACAACCAGAAACUCUACCCGUGCUGGGAGACCCAAGUUGGGCAGGAAAUGUACAAGCUGAUGAUCUUCGACCUCAUCAUCAUCUUGGCUGUGACGCUCUUUGUGGAUUUUCCCAGAAAGAUCCUGGUGACCUAUUGUUCCUCUUGGAAACUGAUUCAGUGCUGGGGACAGCAGGAGUUUGCCAUUCCCGAUAAUGUUCUGGGGAUUGUUUACGGGCAGACCAUUUGCUGGAUUGGAGCCUUUUUCUCCCCUCUUCUCCCUGCAAUUGCAACCUUGAAAUUCAUUAUCAUCUUUUAUGUGAAAGAGAUGAGUCUUCUUUAUACCUGUCGGCCCUCCCCACGGCAGUUCAGAGCAUCCAAUUCUAAUUUCUUCUUCCUGUUGGUGUUGCUGAUAGGGCUGUGUUUGGCAGUAAUCCCUCUGACGAUCAGCAUGGCACGCAUCCCCUCCUCGAAAGCCUGUGGGCCAUUCACCAACUUCAACACCACCUGGGAGGUGGUCCCCAAGACAGUGAGCACCUUUCCCAGCUCCCUGCAGUCCCUGGUCCACGGCGUCACGUCGGAAGCCUUUGCAGUGCCUUUCUUCAUGAUCAUCUGCCUCGUUAUGUUUUAUUUCAUCGCCCUCGCGGGAGCACACAAGCGGGUGGUCGUCCAGCUCCGAGAGCAGCUGUCCCUGGAAAGCCGUGACAAGCGUUACCUAAUCCAGAAGCUAACAGAAGCCCAGAGGGAUAUGAAGAACCGUCCAGACUGGCAGUGAGGGCCCUGCUGCAUGCCGCUCAGAAGCUGACCUGCCGAGCCUGCCGGGGCCACCUGGGUUUGGGGCAGAGAUUUUAAAAUAUAUUUUUCUGGAGUUGAGGAUUUUCCUGAACGUAGCUCCAUAGGAUGCAGCUGCGGUGGCCGCAACCCACCCCUGACGUAACCCAGCCCCUCGGUAGGGCUUCAGUGACUUAGAAAGGUCAGGUUCAGACCUGGUUUGCCUGUAGACCAGCAGCUCGGUGCUCUUCUCCCAAAACUAACUUACUUAGCCGUGCAGGCUGAUAGAACAAAGAUUGAGGAGGAGGGUCCUUUUAUAUUUUUCAGAGCUUAUUUGUGUUGUCUGUGGUUAACUGUAGAGCCGUCCAUUCCUGAGACCCGGGCUCAUUCUCUUGAACCAGGUCCUGGAGGUUUGGGCCGAGAAGUGUUCCUUAAGAAGUAGGAACCCUUUUAAAUGGUUCUGUAGAUGACUUAAAAUGAGACCUGGUUUUUUCUUUUCCUCAUGAAGGAGAAAUCCUUGAGUCAGGAUGUUGGGACGGAUGAUGGAAGCAUGGAGGGGGUGGCUAUGGAAGUCCAGCGACCUGGUAGUAAUGUGAGAGAGAAAAGCCAUUCCUGUUGCGCGAAUGAGAUUAAGCUUCAGGAGGAGGGGAUUGCUGUGGAUUGGGGGCCUUGGCGUCUUAGUUCCUGGGCAUUUUGCUGUCACCUUACUACUUGGGGGGUUGCGGGGGGAGCUGUCUCUAAGGCGCUGGGCAUCCUCGGGUCUUCACUUCCCUUCUGGUCCUGAGUUCUGAGACUUAGCAGAGGCCCUGGGUCAUCAAACCUAAGAGACAAAGUUCGUCUUUCAAGUCUUCCAAACGCCAUUUCCCUUCCUACACUGAGGUCCCCGUUUCUGAGACUCACUUCCGGAGCCAGGCUGGAGUGUGUGCCCAGAGCGCGGGGCGCCACGGCUUCUGUGCGCCAGUGUUUGAGGACCGCGGGCUGCAGCACCAGACCAGCUUGUGCAGGUGUCCCGGGUACGCUGAAUGCUGGCGUCUACGAUGCCCAUUUCCAGAUGUUAAGGGCUAUUGUUUUCUUGUGCCUAAAAUUUUAAGUUUUAUUUUGCAAGAUAGAGUAUCACUUAAGAUUUCCGUUACAGCAGAAAACCAUAUGCAGUAAAUACCUCAUCAUAAACUUACAUGGAAUUGAUAGCUCUGGACCUUUUAAUAUAAGCCUAAGUUAUUGUUCCACAGAAUCAGUUUGUGUCUGAAUUAUCUUCAGAAUCUUUUUCAAAGUACUGAGUUUUGUAACAGACCACUGGAGUCCUUGCUCUGUUGUUUUCCUUCCUUUCACUGGCUCUAAACCUUUCCCAGGGAGCAGCCUGGAGUUUAAAGCCGGCUGCCUGGGAAGCCGCUGCUCUAGGUAUUUCCCAUCCCCACCCCCACCCCUCCCGCCAUUCCUCAGAAACCAUGGACUCCUUGCUCUGAAGAGCAAAGCACUCUUGCCGGAGUUUACACAUUUCUGUGUAUUUGUUCCUUUGCCAGACCAUUUUUUCUUGCUGUUCCCCAGAGUUGGCAUUAACAUGGGCUACUUUAGUACCUAUGAGACCAGUGAGCUUUUCUGGCUAAUAACUAGUCUCAUGGAAUUUUGAGUAACCGAAAGUUCACUCUGUCCUCACCCCAAAGAAUUCUAAUUGUUGGUAUUUUUGCCUAGUGCACUUAUUUAUAUAUGUUUUUGCCUUCACCAUGCUUCUGAGAACAGUCAAGUUUGUGUGUGUGUGUGUGCGCGUGUGUGCACGUACUUAAAUACGUGUGUGAGACAGAAGCUCCAUUUUCCUACCCUAUUAUAAAAUUGAUACUGAAGUAUGCUAAUAUAUUCAUUUUGGUUAAAUGCUGCUGAUUUGCAUACCUCUUACUUGAAUGUUUUUAUACAUUUUGGUAACUAAUAACUUCAAGUGAUGUCUGUAUAAUUAUUCAAGUGCAGGUCUCUCUAACAAAUGUGCCUUAAAACUACUGAUUAAACAGCAUCUUGAAGGUUUUAAAA